AUGGAGUGCAGGAACCAAAAUGGAAAAGUAAUUCUUCCAGUUUUCUAUCAUGUGGAUCCUUCCGAUGUGAGAAAGCAGGAAGGGUGGUAUGGAGAAGCAUUAGCCCAACAUGAAUCAAGAAACAUUUUUGGCCACAAGACACAGAGGUGGAGAGCAGCUUUGAGGGAAGUGGGCAAUCUUUCUGGAUGGCAUGUACAGAAUGGGUCUGAGGCAGAUUAUAUUGAGGAUAUUACUCGUGUUAUUUUGAUGAGAUUUAGUCAUAAACUCUUACAUGUUGACAAGAACCUCAUUGGGAUGGAUUAUCAUUUGGAAGAAAUGGAAGAAAUUUUUCCACAAAUGAUGGACUCAGUAUCAAAUGAUGUUUGCAUGGUUGGGAUCUAUGGACUUGGAGGAAUUGGUAAGACAACCAUUGCCAAAGUUUUAUAUAAUCGAAUUGCUGCUCAAUUCAUGAUUACUACCUUUAUUGCAAAUGUUAGAGAGGAUUCCAAAAGUCAGGGUCUACUUCAUUUACAAAAGCAACUCCUUCAUGAUAUCUUGCCAAGAAGGAAGAACUUUAUAAGCACUAUUGAUGAAGGGAUCCAUAUGAUAAAAGAUAGGCUUUGCUUUAAAAAGGUUCUUCUUGUGCUUGAUGAUGUUGAUGAUUUGAACCAAUUGGAAGCCUUAGCUAGUGAUCAUAAUUGGUUUGGUCCAGGAAGUAGAAUUAUUGUAACAACUAGAGAUAAGCAUUUGUUGGAGGUGCAUGAAGUGGAUACAUUAUAUGAGGCUAAGAAAUUAGAUCACAAGGAAGCUGUUGAACUCUUUUGUUGGAAUGCUUUUAAACAGAACCACCCCAAGGAAGAUUAUGAAACACUUUCAAAUUCUGUGGUACAUUAUGUUAAUGGUUUACCAUUAGGUCUUAAAGUUUUGGGUUGUUUCCUAUAUGGCAAGACAGUACGUCAAUGGGAAAGUGAAUUGCAUAAACUAGAAUGGGAACCUAACCAAGAAAUUCAAUGUGUGCUUAAGAGAAGUUAUGAUGAAUUAGAUUGCACACAACAACAAAUAUUCCUAGAUGUUGCUUGCUUCUUUAAUGGAGAGGAUAAAGAUUUUGUUACUAGAAUCCUAGAGGCUUGUAACUUCUAUGCAGAGAGUGGAAUACGAGUCCUUGGUGAUAAGUGCCUCAUAAGUAUUGUAGACAACAAGAUAUGGAUGCAUGAUUUGUUACAACAAAUGGGGAAAGACAUUGUUGGACAAGGAUUUCCUGAAGAACCUGGAAAAUGGAGCAGAUUGUGCUAUCCUGAGGUUGUAAGUCGUGUAUUAACAAGAAAAAUGGGAACAGAGGCAAUUAAAGGCAUACUCUUGAACUUGUCUAUACCAAAGCCGAUACACAUUACUACUGAAUCCUUUGCAAAGAUGAAGAAUCUUAGGUUGCUCAAAAUCUAUUCAGAUCAUGAAUUUGCUUCGAUGGGGGAGCACAGUAAAGUAAAGUUGUCUAAAGACUUUGAAUUCCCUUCUUAUGAGCUAAGAUAUCUCUAUUGGCAAGGAUAUCCUUUGGAAUCUUUGCCAUCAAGUUUUUAUGCAGAGGACCUUGUAGAACUUGACAUGUGUUAUAGCAGCUUAAAACAACUUUGGGAAAGUGACAUGCUUCUUGAAAAGUUAAAUACCAUCAGAUUGAGUUCCUGUCAACGCCUCGUUGAAAUUCCAGACAUCUCAGUUAGUGCACCCAAUCUGGAGAAACUAAUUCUUGAUGGUUGUUCAAGUUUGGUUAAGGUUCACCCAUCUAUUGGAAAGCUGAGCAAGCUUAUUUUGUUGAAUUUGAAAAACUGCAAAAAGCUUAGCAAUUUUCCGAGCAUCAUCGACAUGGAAGCGCUUGAAAUUCUUAAUUUGUCUGGCUGCUCAGAGCUCAAGAAGUUUCCAGAUAUUCAAGGUAACAUGGAACAUUUAUUGGAGCUUUAUUUGGCUUCAACAGCUAUUGAGGAACUUCCCUCCUCAAUUGAGCAUCUCACUGGACUUGUUUUAUUGGAUCUGAAAAGGUGCAAAAAUCUUAAGAGUCUUCCCACAAGUGUCUGUAAGUUGGAAUCCCUUGAAUAUCUCUUUCUCUCUGGUUGUUCAAAAUUAGAGAAUUUUCCAGAAAUGAUGGAGGAAAUGGAAAAUUUGAAAGAGCUUCUUUUAGAUGGAACAUCAAUAGAAGGGCUACCCUCUUCUAUUGACUCUCUAAAAGGCCUUGUUUUAUUGAAUCUGAGGAAUUGCAAGAAUCUUGUGAGUCUUCCAAAAGGCAUGUGUACAUUGACAUUUCUUGAAACACUCAUUGUCUCUGGUUGUUCACAAUUAAACAAUUUGCCAAAGAACCUUGGGAGCCUGCAACAUCUAGCGCAGCUCCAUGCAGAUGGAACUGCUAUAACACAACCACCUGAUUCAAUUGUUCUUUUGAGAAACCUCAAAGUAUUGAUCUAUCCUGGAUGUAAAAGAUUAGCACCUACAUCAUUGGGUUCGCUCUUUUCAUUCUGGUUGUUGCAUAGAAACAGUUCAAACGGGAUUGGUUUGCGCUUGCCUUCUGGUUUUUCUUGUUUUAGGUCCUUCACAAAUUUAGACCUAAGUGACUGCAAACAAAUAGAAGGAGCAAUCCCCAAUAGUAUUUGCUCCUUAAUCUCAUUGAAGAAGUUAGAUCUAAGCAGAAACGAUUUUCUAAGCAUACCUGCAGGCAUCAGUGAACUUACAAGCCUAAAAGACCUCCGACUGGGGCAGUACCAGAGUCUCACAGAAAUUCCAAAGCUUCCACCAAGUGUCCGAGACAUACAUCCACACAAUUGCACAGCACUUUUACCAGGCUCGUCAAGUGUAAGCACACUGGAAGGGCUACAGUUCCUAUUCUAUAAUUGCUCCAAAUCAGUUGAGGACCAAUCCUGUGGUGAUAAGAGGAAUGAAAUACAAAGAUUUCCACAUAAUUAUGUGUCUUCCACUGCUUCUGUUUCCUCUCUAACUACUUCACCAGUUUUGAUGCAAAAGUUGUUUGAAAAUAUUGCAUUUAGUAUUGUUUUUCCUGGCAGUGGAAUCCCUGAGUGGAUCUGGCAUCAGAGUGUGGGAUCUUCUAUUAAAAUAGAGCUACCUACAGAUUGGUAUAAUGAUGACUUCUUGGGAUUUGCUCUCUGCUCUGUUCUUGAACAACUUCCUGAAAGAAUUAUAUGCCAUUUGAAUUCUGAUGUUUUUGAUUAUGGAGACUUGAAAGACUUCGGUCAUGAUUUCCAUUGGAAAGGCAACCAUGUUGGGGCAGAACACGUCUGGCUGGGUUAUCAACCAUGUUCCCAGUUGAGGUUGUUUCAAUUCAAUGACCCCAAUGACUGGAAUCACAUUGAGAUUUCUUUUGAAGCAGCCCACAGAUUCAACUCAAGUGCAUCCAAUGUGGUGAAGAAGUGUGGGGUAUGUCUUAUUUAUGCAGAAGACCUUGAAGGAAUCCAUCCAGGAAAUAGAAAACAACUUGAAAGUAGGGGUUGUAAUGUAGUCGAGAGAAGCAGUGACAGAGCAGGAUUCAAUCGAAGUGGAAUGGACUCUAGUUAUAGUGGCAGCAAUGACAGACCCACCAACCAUCCCACGCUCAAGCGCAAGCGUCCUCAAGAAUGACUACCAUCGUCCAGACUCUUUAUUCCAAUAAAAUUCUCUUUUUUGUUGAUUUGGUCAUGCAUGCUCAAAAUUAGUGAUGGUAUAUUAUAUUUCUGUCGACUUUUAGCACUUGGUGGUGAAUAUGGGAAGUUUGAUUAUGAAAAUCAAGCAAAGUUGGUGUUGGGUGAUGAAUGCAAGUUGCCUGAUGAAACACCCAGCAUACUUCUUUUCUGAGU